AUGCCUGACUGUCCUUCAUCGGAGGGUUCCCUGGUGAUAGUGUACGACUACCACCCCGGUUCCCAGACGAUACUCUCCAAGUUCUUCAUCCCCGCGGCAGAAUCCACGAACGGCUAUUCCGAUCCAUUCGCCGGAGAAGCGAGACCCUUCAGUCACAAAAGUUCCCUACACCGAACCGCCGCCAGUGCGCUGCUGCCGGAGAACGAAAUCUGGUCAAUUAUCAUCCAGCUGACGGCCGGUCUGCGGUCGAUCCACCAGGCCGGUCUGGCCUGUCGGACACUGGACCCGACGAAGAUCAUCAUAACUGGCAAGCGGAUACGGUUCAGCUGUACGGCCAUUUCCGACAUUGCCACGUUUGACCCGAACCAACCGAACCCACUUUCCGUGGUGAACCACCACCAGCAGGACGAUCUGACGGCACUGGGCAAGCUGAUUCUGGCGUUGGCCUGCCGAAGCCUUCAGUCCGUGCAACGAGAUCAGAUCCAGAACAGUAUUGAGCUGAUAUCGCGCCACUAUUCGUCGGACUUGCGGAACAUUAUCCUGUACCUGCUGUCCAACAGCAACCGCCGCUCGGUGACGGAGAUUAUGCCGAUGAUCGGGGCCCGCUUCUACGUGCAGCUCGACGCCCUGCAAGCCCAAUGUGAUAUCCAGGAGGACGAGCUGGCGAAGGAGAUGGAGUGCGGCCGGCUGUACCGGUUGCUGGUGAAGCUCGGCACCGUCAACGAGCGACCGGAGCUCAACCUCGACGUCACGUGGUCGGAAACGGGCGACCGCUACAUGCUGAAGCUGUUCCGCGACUACCUCUUCCACACCGUCACCGAGGACGGGCGCCCCUGGCUGAACCAGUCCCACAUCGUGCAGUGUCUGAACAAGCUGGACGCGGGCACGCUGGAAAAGGUCCAGCUGAUGUCACGUGACGAACAAUCAGUAUUAGUCGUAACUUAUGCUGAACUAAAGCACUGCACAGUGGGGCCAAACCCGCUGCUAAUCCCAUGA